GGUUGUUGGUCUAGUCUGUUUGCACGGUCUGCUUGACUUUCGUCCCGUUGGUUGCUUUCCCUGCCUGGGUUGUCUGACCUUUGAAAAAGGACCUCCACAUUUUAUGGCAUUUCGUAGCAGGAUGCCACCUGGUUUGCCUGACAGAAAUGCACCCCUUGGACCACCAAUGCCAAGAGGGCCAGGUCCUGUAAACAUGAUGCGUCCUCGCCCUCCUGGGCCAGCUCCGCCAAUGUUUCCUGGUGCUGCGCCGCCGCCACCACCUCAGCAGGUAUCCUUACCGGCAGUGAUGGAGCAUAAGCUAGCGACUGCACAGACUGAGAUGCAACGGCUUUUAACAGAGAAUCAGAGACUGGCAGCGACGCUAGUGGGGUUACGGCAGGAGGUUGCAGCAGCACAAGGGGAGAUACAACGGUUGAAUCAGACCUUGACGACACAUCAGGCAGAGAGUGAGGCGAGCAUGCGAAAUCUUGCAGACAGUAACUCGAGGAUGUUGGAAGAGCUGCGUGCAGCUGAGCCACUGAAACAGGAGCUCCAUGCUGCACGAAUGGAGAUCCAAAGCCUUCAUGUGCGAUGCAAAGAGGCGGAAACAGCACGAGCCGCUGCGCAUCAGCAGCUGCAGGGGGUGACAAACGAUUUUCAAAAGGCUCGCCAGGAGCUCAGUCAGCUUCCUGCUAUGAGGCAGGAGGUGCAAAAGCUCCCUCUCCUGCGGCAGGAAAUUCUUGGCCUUCGCCAAGAACUCCAGCAAGCCAGAAGUCACCUGGAUUUUGAGAGGAAGGUAAAUGCCGAGCAAAUUGAGAAUCGCCAGCGGAUGGAAAGCAACCUCGUUGCUAUGGCACGUGAGAAUGAAAAGCUGCGAGCUGAACUCACAAACACAGAGCGUAGGGCUUCAUCGGGUGGGAAUACCCCUUGGAGUGCCAGUGCUCCAGGGGUUCAAAAUGAUUGGUCUAGUGAUUUAUGGCACACUAGCUCUACCCCUCCUGCACCCAUUUCAACCACGCCCACUGCCACUACCGCUCCGUGGUCAUCGUACGGUGCCUCUACGAGGAGGCCUGCCUGAGAAGGAAUUAGCAGGGCAAGGUAGGCAUUUUGUUUCACAUGGAUACGGUUCAGACGGAGUACAUUUACCCUCCCCUCCCAAAGCGAGUUUGGUCUUAAGCUUUUCUUUCUCCAGUUUUUGGGGCUCGGGCAGUUCAGCUGCAGUGCUGGUGGUUGGUUAUAUAUAUUGGGGCUGUUCCUGGGACGGGCAAGGGAUGUACAUAGUCUCAUGUAGUGGAGGCCGUCUAAUGGAUCGGUUGGUAUCCUGGUGGAGUUCUGAUGCGGGCUUUGACUAGCAGGGGGAAGUUCUGCGGAGAAUCGUGCCUCUCGUAGUUUCUUGUUGGUGGAUGAACACGUUUGUUCUCGCUGGCUACUUUGUAGCUGUAUUUUAGAAGGUUUGUGCUUUUGUCAGUGGUAAAGUAGCCUUGUGUUCUUGUGGAAUGUAGGCGAUGUACGCUCGGGUCAAUGUUGCAAAGCCCUGUCCAGUGAGAGGGUCUCAUCAAGAGAAAGCCUUUCUUGAGUCCACGUCCAAUAUUCGGAGCAGUUUUCACGUC